GAAUCAUCUGUUGCUGCCUCAUUUGCGCCCAUCAUUACCUUCGCAGUAUAUCAAAGACAUGCUUUUCAGUCUUAAUGAAAAUUGUGCAUCGUAAAUAUGACGUUGCGUCCGCUGGGAUCAAUAAUUUUACUAUGUUUGGGCUUCAGCUUGCAUGGUUCUGCGAGGGUCUUGGAUUCUCGGAUGCGAGAUGAUUCCUCGGGUACGCAGCUUCCAGUUCUCUUGUGGCACGGGAUGGGCGACUCAUGCUGCAACGAAUACAGUAUUGGAGCCGUAACAAAGAGAAUACAGGAAGCUGUCCCAGGUAUAUAUGUGCACAGCAUUGCCACAGGAAAGGGCAUACUGGCUGAUACAGAGAGUUCCUACUUCGGCAAUGUCAACGAUCAGGUUGCACAGGUUUGCGAGACGAUUGCUGCGCAUCCAGAGUUUGCUGGUGGUUACAAUGCAGUUGGUUUCAGCCAAGGUGGGCAAUUCAUGAGAGCAGUGGCAGAGCGCUGUCAGCACAUCGGCCCCAAAAUGCACACGCUCAUCACAAUGGGGGGCCAGCACCAGGGGGUCAUGAAUGUGCCGGACUGCUGGAAUCCCAGCUUCAAUGUGACUCCCUCGCUGGUGUGCUCUGCCAUGCAGCGCCUGCUGGGCUUUGGCGCCUACCUGCCCUUCAUCCGGGAUCGCCUGGUUCAGGCGCAGUACUUCAAGGAUCCUUAUGCGCUGAGCCAAUAUGAGAAGCACAACAUCUUUCUGGCGGACAUCAACAAUGACAGGCCUGCCAAGAACCCAGUGUACAAGGAGAAUCUGGCAUCGCUGCAACGAUUUGUCAUGUUCCGGUUUACUGAGGACAUCACCAUUGUGCCUCGCGAGUCAGCCUGGUUUGGCUUCUACAACGGCACCCAGCUGCUGACCAUGCAGCAGACUGCCCUCUAUCAGGAGGACUGGAUAGGGCUGAAGACUUUGGACGAGAAAGGACGGCUAGAAUUCAAGGAGGUUGCUGGAGGACACAUGCACAUCUCGCUGGACUGGUUUCAACAGCAUGUCAUUGUGCCCUACCUGGAUGUGCGAACCGCAACAGGGGUAGCUCAAGCUUCAUAGCAACACUGUGAAGGCACUGACAAUCUGUGCAACGCUGCGUUGGUGUGGCUUCCACCAGGAAUGCAUAGAAACUCUGGAGCUCAUUUUGGUAUGUAUUUUCAUGUACAAUAACUUGCAGGUUUCAGAAGCAAUACUACUCUGCUUCUCAGCGAACUUCAGAGGGUCAGCAUUGCUAGCAGCACAAAUUUGGGAUGUUGACCACGGGAACUUUGAAAGUUUGGUUAUUUUUCAUCCUUUUGAACUUGAUGGAGACUCAAAACGCCUUGUAGGAAUUAUCUCUCAUCCUGGCCAGUUCAAGAUGCAAGCUUGAUUGUGCUGGACCCCAUGGCCAUGCAGGCUGAGCUGCUGCAGCCGGUGUUGCCUUGGCUUCUUGGUACUACACUGGUGGGUUGUCCUCGAAGGAGGGGCUCCAGGCUGUGGCAGCACUGUAAAAUGUUCCAGAAUUUAGAAUCUAAUAAUGUGGGCUUGGAACUUGUAAGUAAAAGGGCUGCUU